GUCGCGCUGCUCGUUGAGUUUCCUCAGGAGCUCGGCGGAGGUCGUGCCGUUGGUCAGGGAGUAGGAGUGCUCCUCUCCGCACAGCAGCGGCUGCUCCGGAACCAGCGCCACCACCUCCGGGGCUUCCUCACACUUGAGCGGCGCCGCUGCGGAGCGCGAGCCUUCCAGCGCUGCUGCUGCUGCUAAUGAUGCAGAUGUUGAUGAUGCUGAUGUUGAUAAUAACGAUGAUGAGACAGCGGUGCCAGCAUGUCUCAUGAUCAGCGACUGUCAUGUGUGCGGAGGAGCUCCAGGCUGAGGGACGCGUCCGAGACACCUCGCAUUGCUCUCCGUCACAAACUCAAACAGAAACUCCAUGAGACCGCCACUCAGUCUCCGGUCCCGCCCAGUAAACGUGCGAAAUCUCAGGGCAGGAUGCUGAAGACAGGGGCGGUGCGUCCCGCCCCUGCGCUGUACAGUGAUGACGUCACACCUCGUGGGCUGAUCAGGGGGAUCAUUCAGAACGAAGCGGAAGUGUCCCUGGUGCUACCUGGUCAGACUGCGUUACCUGAUGGAGAUCAGCAGGAUGUCGAGGCCAGUGUCCAUAGCAACAGGUGCAGUGACGGCGUGUCAGGACUCGAGCUGCCUGACUUGGCUACAGAGCCACUGACUCACGUGAUCCGGGGGAUGAGCCGCAGGAGACCGCCGCCCACUUUUAAUGUCUCCGCGUUCGAGAAACAACUGGAGCAGCCAUCAGGUGAAGACGAGGAGAAGGACGUCCCUCAGGAGAAUCUGGACAUCAGUCGGGAACAGGCCGUCUCUGCUGCCUCCAAAAGGUUUAUCGUCCAAACGAGAUCGCAUGGGAUUACCUUUCACAGUGACGGCGUGUCAGGACUCGAGCUGCCUGACUUGGCUACAGAGCCACUGACUCACGUGAUCCGGGGGAUGAGCCGCAGGAGACCGCCGCCCACUUUUAAUGUCUCCGCGUUCGAGAAACAACUGGAGCAGCCGUCAGGUGAAGACGAGGAGAAGGACGUCCCUCAGGAGAAUCUGGACAUCAGUCAGGAACAGGCUGUCUCUGCUGCCUCCAAAAGUGUCCUCAGCCUGACCUUGAAAACACCGUUCGUGAACCUUCAGUCUGAGAGAGCGGGUCUGAGGCGAAAAGCAGUCGGACGACGGAAGCAGGUUUCUGUGGAUGCUUUUGACGAAGCCGUCCAGAAACGUUUAGAGAGACGUCACAACCAAGAUUAUACAGUAGUGCAGGAUGGAAGAACUCUCCAGGACUCGACCUGGCACAAGUUCACUCUGGGUUUGAGUAACGUCUCCGUGCCAGAGCUCACCACAGACGUGAUAAUGAGCAACACGGAGCUCUACGCCCAGCCCCAGGCCUCCGUAUCCGAGCUGAGAGGUGCUGAUGGAAGGGUUACCGAGGCUGAGAUGAAGAGAGAUGAUGGUCUUGAUGUUCAUGAUGGUGGCGAAGAACUUAAAGACGUCAUCCAAGAUCAACAAAAUGUGUGUGAGAGUAAUGUCUCUAAACCUCAGCCAGAUGUUUCAGAACACCUGGGACCGGAUUCACAGAGUAAGGUAGGGGAGGACAAGGUGGAACUGAUGCCUCCAUCACAAGAGAACGAGGCGGUGUCUUCAUGUCCCGAGGAAAUCCCGUUCUCUCCGACCCAGGCCGUGGCGGAUCACGUGUCUCAGUCUCAGGAGCGCGAGUCUGCAGUACAGGAAGCUCAGGUGGAAGAACUGAACCAGGGAGAAGGUGAGAGCCUUCAGGGGGAGGAGACGUCACUUUUGCGUCAGCGAAUCACAAGGAGAGCAUACCACUCUGAGGGCGGAGCCAUCAGGAAUGACGUGAUGGUCAGAGGAAGAGGUACGAAGAGUCUCGGGAUGGGUCACGUGUCCACUGAGAAACAGCUGCAAAAUUUUGCUGGUGGACCUGAGGUAGAAGACAUGGUUAGCGUGGAGGAAGAACCACAUCGCAGCUCUGUGUCUUUCUCCACCAACCACACCACAAAGCCUUCAUCAUCUGUGACACAUCAAGACAGUUUGGUGCAGAACGCUGAUAAGGAGGACGUUAUUCAAGAUCUCGGCCAAUCAGAAAGCGAGGAAGUUGUGGUGUGUCUUCCUGUUAGCCCCACUGUGAAUGUUCCUGCUGCUGAACAGGUAGAGGUGGAGGAGGAACAGAAAGAGCAGGAAGAGGAAGACAAGGCUGAGCAAUGGGAAGAGGUGGAACAGGAAGAGGAGGUGGCAGUGGAGCAGGAAGAGGAAGACGAGGUGGAGGAGGAGGAACAGGAAGAGGAAGACAAGGCGGAGCAAUGCGAAGAGGUGGAGCAGGAAGAGGAGGAGGAGCAGGAAGAGGAAGAUGCACAGAGCGAAGAGCUCUCGAUGCAAACUCCGGGUUUUAUUAAACAAAGGAAGCGGGUAUCCUCUCCCAGUGCUCUGGCCACACCCACUGUCCUCAAAGCUCUGAAUGCUGGUCCAGCCCCAAAAGUUGUGAAGCCACACCCAAAGCACAAGCCUCAGCGCGUCUCUGCUGGCGUCCUCCCGAAGAGCUACAUCAUGAGUGUGUUUAAACACUUUGCCAGAACAAAGGUGUCUAGCGAUGUCUAUCCCAUCAUCAGUGACAUACUGAAGAAGUAUUUUGAUCGACUGGCGGAUGAUCUGGAGGUGUACUCCGCUCACGCAAAGAGGAAAACCAUCGAGGUUGAAGAUGUUGAACUCCUCAUGAGAAGGCAGGGCUUUGUGACGGACAGCACUCCAGUCAACGUGUUAAUUGAGAAAUUUCUCCCUCUUGAGUACAGGAAGCUCCUCAUCCCUGUCGCAACCAGUGGAAAUAAAGUUGUGCCUGAUAAACGGAGAUGAAACGUCCACACAGAGCGCUCUUUCUCUCUCUCGCUCUCUCUUUUUGUUGUCCAUUAAUCUAAUUUACUUUGAUUUAAUGGCAUUAUUUUUGACCUAAUUUUUGCAAAAAUAAUUUGAACCUCUUCUGUUGAACCUGUUGAGGUUGCAGAUGGACACUAAAGGUCAAACAAACCCCCCGUUGUGUUGAAUGAAGAUUAUAAAUAAAGCUUUAAAUAUGC